CGUUCAAUCAAGAUCAAAACUAAAACUAUCAUCAUCACCAUCAGCCAGUGUUGAUUUCGGCCAGCUGACUUCAUAAAAGAACUGGGAAACUUCAUUUUUCUCUUCUAUCUACAAUUGGCUUUACCUGCAGUGCUUCUAAGUACCUCCAGACUCCCAGGUGUCCUGCUGGCCGUGCUCCGUGGCCAGCAGUGCAGGUGUGGGGCACCCCACAGGGGGAGUGGGACGUGGAGUGGGUGUGGCGGCGGCGUGCCUUGAUGUGCAGACCGUGAGGCGCGAUGAGUGGGGCGGGGGAGAAGGAGGAGUGCUCAGUGGGUGGCGGCGGCGGCGGCGGCAACACAUCGCUGAUCACGUCUGUCAAGACCUGCAUCUUUGUCCACACCAGGGAGAGGAAGUCAAAGUGUGAGGAGUGCGAGAAGAAGAUCAGCCAGAUCAUCUCCAACUACUCUGGCGGCAAGGUGUUUCAGUGCCUGGAGUGCGGCAAGACCUUUGCCCACAAGCGGUCUCUCACCAAGCACAGCGCCACACAUGCCGGCACCAACACUGUUGAGUGCCACAGGUGCAAGAGGAAGUUCCCGGACAAGGAGCAGCUGGCGUCCCACGACCCGGCUUGCUGCGAGAGGCCCAAGGACUGGCAGUGCGGCGAGUGCAGCAAGACCUUCGCCAGGAAGUAUGACUACGACAAGCACUGCCUGACACACACCAGCGAGGCCGGCAGCUUCCCGUGCGAGGUGUGUGGCAAGACCUUCACCCGAAAGAGUCACCGGGACGUGCACUACCUCUGCCACACGGGCAUCAAGGAGUACGAAUGCACUGUCUGCAGCAAGAUGUUUGCCCGCAAGCACGACCUCAGCAAACACUCCCAGGUGCACACGGGCGAGAAGAACUUCCGGUGCCACCUGUGUGGGAAGCAUUUUGCCAGGAAGGCCCACCUGGAUGUGCACUACCUCACCCACACUGGCAUCAAGAACUUCAAGUGCCCUCACUGCUCCAAGAUGUUCGCCCGCAACAGUGACCUCAACAAGCACAUCCUCAUCCACACAGGAGUCAAGCGGUACGAGUGCUUCUACUGCGGCAAGAGGUUCAUAAGGAAGAGCCAUCGCGACGUGCACAUGGUCACACACACGGGGAUCAAGGACUUUGGGUGUCUGCAGUGUGGGAUGAGGUUUAGCAGGAAGAGUGACCUCAACAAGCAUUCCACCACACACACCAGCCAGGACGACAGCCGGGUGUGACCCCAGCACGCAUUUGUAUGAAGUCAUCUAGGUGUAAGCUGAAAGUUACAUAUAUAAAACCAAGUGUGUGUGUUUCAUAUAAUCUGCUCUGUCAACUUUCUCAAUAAACUAAGUCUGGUC